GUAUGAAUAAUGGCGAAUGACAGGGAAGUGUUGCGGGAAAUUUGGGAUGGUAAAAUUCCCGUUUGUUUUACGCUUGAUUCCGAGGAAAUAUGUGAAUUGCAAGGACCUGAUCCGUUUUAUCUUAUGGUACCUAGGUUAAGUUACUUUCCACUCUGCACCGAUAAGGUGCGAAAACAUUUUAUAAGACACGUACAAAGUGAUAGUAAACAAGAGCAUGAAAUGUGGUUAGAGUUUAAUGGUAUCCCGCUAAAAUGGCAUUAUCCAAUCGGUGUACUUUUGGAUAUUUAUUCCAAUGAUGUUCAGUUACCGUGGAAUAUCAUUGUUCACUUUGAUAGGUUCCCAGAUAAUGUGUUGAUGCAUUGUCAAAACAAAGAAGUAGUAGAAUCAUAUUUUCUAUCCUGUAUAAAGGAAGCAGAUAUGCUGAAGCACAGAGGUCAGGUUGUAUCUAGUAUGCAAAAGAAAGAUCACAAUCAGUUGUGGUCUGGUUUACUUAAUGAUAAAUUUGAUCAAUUCUGGUCUGUGAAUCGAAAACUUAUGGAAGCUAAUAAUAUUGAAGAGGGUUUUAAAUACAUACCAUUUCGCUGUUAUACAAGCGAAGACAAAUAUGUACAGAAACUUGUAAAACCUGUGAAUGAGGAAGGUCAAAGGAAAACGUUGAGGCAUUUAUUGAAUGAAGUAUUCCCAGAUGAUGAAAGUGUUACAGUGCUUACCCAUGGUAUUACACCACCCAUGGAAACACCUCUUCAGUGGAUGUCAGAACAUUUGAGUUACCCUGACAAUUUUCUGCAUUUAAUUGUUACAUCAUAACCCACAUUGAAACUGCCAGUUGAUUAAUUAUCAAUGAGAAUUCCAUAAACCGUGAGUUCA